AUGGCUCCCGCUAGAAUUGAAUCCUCGGUCGUCGACCUAUCAGAGACCAUCCCCACAAAGACUCUCUUGACAGAGCCAGUAGUCACAGCACUGCCCGACCUCGCCCCUCCCACACUGCCUACCGAGAAGAUUGGUCCCCCUGGCUAUGUCAGGACGCUUCUUCACUUUGAGCUCCCCGAUGACUACGAUUCGGAGAAGUUGACGACCAUUCUCAAGACGGCAUACACCUCCUUCAAGGAGACUACUCCCAUCGCUGGCUGCGAGCUCGUCCCUACUCCCACAUACGCUCAGGAUGGCGGCCUACAGCUCCGUUAUUACGGCGAUGAGAUCGACUACGACUUCGUCACCAAGGACCUUCGCGACUCAGACUUCCCCAGCCAUGCUGAGCUGAAGCGUCGUAACUUCCCCGCCUCUGUCCUCAAGCCUGAUCUGGUCUGUCAGCGAGGCCAGGGCGGCGAGUGGCCGACUCCCGGACAGCGAAUUCCCAACACCCUGAUGCAGGUCAACUUCAUCAAGGGCGGAUUGAUCCUCAACAUAAGUUUCUUCCACGCUUAUGUCGAUGGAACGACGAUCUACAAGUUCACUGAGAUCUUCUCUGAGCAUGUUAGAAGGGCACAGGGCUUGACCAUCACCAACCCCGUUGAGAUCCCCAUGGAGGACCGAGCCAAGCUGUUCAAGGCUUCGGGUGGUUGCUCUGGUGCUGCAGAAGACCACCCCGAGUAUCUUGAGCUGCCUUUCACCCCCGAAGCCCCACCUCCCAAGCUUGCUGCCCCCAUGGCCCAUGGCCACGUCUUCUACUUCUCACCCGAGAAGCUUGAAGAGCUGAAGGAGGCUGCAUCCCCCGCCAAUGCAAAGCUUUUCAAGGGAAAUGAGGAAUUGUCCUCUUUCAUCUCUACCACCGAUGCCCUCACAGCUCUCAUCUGGAGAUGCACCAUGCUUGCCCAGCACGCGGGUGAGAAGCCCACAGGAACCUCCAUGGUUGGUCUUGCGCUGGACUGUCGCCGCCGCACAAACCAGACCAUCCACAAGCACACUAUCGGCAACAUCCUGGGCUUCGCACCAGCCGUCAUGGAUAUUGAGUCCGUUCUCAAGGAGGACGAUGUCAGCCUUGCUGAUAUCGCCCUCGUUGUUCGAGGUGCUGUUACCAAGUCCAGCAACUACCUAGACAGUGUCGGUGCUUUCAUCGAGCGUCUCGAGAACACCUCCCGCAUAGUCCCUGCUUUCUUCCUGGACAUGCCCGGUACCCACUCUCUGUUUUCCUCCUGGAGGGAGUUCCCCUUCUACGAGCUGCAGUGGGGUCCCGCCCUUGGUGGACGAACAGAGGCUCUUCGACUUCCCUCCACAGGUGUCACACAUACUAUGCAGAUUCUUCUGCCUUCGCGGCCAGAGGCUGGAUCUGGUGUGGAGGCUUUUGUUGGUACUGAGAACAGUGCUAUGGAGGGUCUGCUAAAUAACCCUCUGUGGAAGCAAUAUGCCCAGGCACCGGAGAGCGCGUAA